AUAGCAAGAGUAUGUCUCGAGGAAGGUAACAAAGAAUACAGACAGGGAGAACAUCAAAACGCGAUAAACUCCUACUCGGAGGGUCUUCAAGUGAACUGCGAAGAUACACGGCUGAACGCCAAACUUUAUAGCAACAGAGCAGCAGCUCAUUUCCAUUUGGGUAAGAAUCUUUUUAAAAGAACUACUAAAUUUAUCAUGGAACGUACUCAGUGAGGAUAAUGAAUGUACAAUCUGCACCCAUUUUAAACAGGAUUUUAUCCUCGCCUGCUGUCUUCCCUGCCAUUUUUGCAUCAUUUAUCGCCUGAUUAUUGAAAUGAAACUGGCAACUUUAAUAUUUCAUAUCGAUCACACACGCGGAAAUUCUCCAUUAGGAUGAAAUUCUAAAGUAAAGUUUCAUCGCAAUUGUGAGAUAUUCUUACCAUAAAAUUACGAUAAGCAUACUUGCCAAAUAAAUUACAAAGCAACCAAUAAGAAUAUCGAAAAAUUCCCACACAGGUUCGAAGACCAACAUCUCAGGACUGAUGUUGUGCAGAGGUUUAUCCGUUCUGUGGUUAGAAUGAAUUACGCGUCUAAUUCACUCAGUAUAACAUCUUCCAUUUCGAAUUGUCGCGUCUCAGCAGGUUUACGAUUAUAUCAAGCUAAAACGGAACAAUUUAGUUUAUGGUGGUCACCCCUCAAAAAGCGCGUAUCCUUAAAUCAAGGUGGUCGUUCUCUUGCGUGACGUCAUGUCCUCCCUCGCCAGUCCUUGUGAUUCAUAUUCUGCUGACUCGACUACCGAAAUAAUGGCUGGGCCAUCUGCUAACUUAAGAAUCAAUAAUUUUUUAAAAAGACGAAUUUUAUGGAGAAAAAAAGCAAGAAGUCCUCUUAAAAGAUGCCUGGGAAAUCAAUCAAAUGUAGGCAAAGCACUUACAGGGUCAUAUAGUCUAAAGUGAGGAGAAGCUACAGAAAAACCGAAAUUCCCAGAUCUGAGUUAUCUACUCAUAUUUUCUUCAAGUCUUCAAGGCUGCAAAGAACAAUACUUUUUCCGAAACACAUUGUUCCCCAAGGAGAAUUGGAACAAUUUGUAAUACAGCACCCAGGAAAUUCGGGUGUGCGUCGGCUUAUUCAGCAUAGGAAGCGUGGUACUAAUAUGAUACAAAAGAUGCGUGGAGCUGCUUCUUUGAUAAGUAAACCACAAACUCAAAAUAAAUAUACCUAGAAUUGUCCUAAGAUGAACUCUGUGAGCUUCUUGUGACCAUACUCAGCUGCCAAGUUUAAAAUAUCUAAAGGACAAGAGGCGAAAAACGAAGGUGUGGCCACAUUCUUUCAAUGUCGUUUAUAAAUUUCCGCAUAAUAAAAAUCUGGGUCAAAAUGUGAACCUUAUCUCCCCCAAUCUUAUCCAAUAAAAUGAUUGUCGCCUUUUUUUAAUUAAGGGCAAGUCUAGGACAGCUAUAGAAACGGAUUCUUAAAUUGGCACGUGAUGACGACUGACACUUACUUCCUGAAUUCCUUAGGAAACUACGAAGAAUGUCUCAAUGAUGCAACAGUUUCUGUUCAAUUGGAACCCAAUUUAAUCAAAGCUAUUAAGAAA